UUCAGACAGUGAAGGCUGAACCUGGUGCGUCAGGCGAGGCGAGCAGCUCAGAGGCGAAGGAUCUCAGGAUGAUGUCCUCUUUCUAUCAUCCGACCAAGGAUGCUGAGAUGGCGGCCAUGACGGAGCCGCUCUGCUUAGAACGAGAUGUGUGCAGGGUGAUUGAGCUGCUGGAUCGGCUGCAGAGAACCGGGGAGUUGCCGCCUCCCAAACUGCAGGCCCUACAGAGAGUUCUGCAAAGCAAAUUCUGUGCUGCCAUCAGGGAGGUAUAUGAGCAGCUAUAUGACACACUGGAUAUUGCUGGAGGUCCAGAGGUCCGAGCCCAAGCAACAGCCAAGGCCACAGUAGCAGCCUUUGCAGCCAGUGAGGGUCAUGCUCACCCAAGGGUGGUGGAGUUGCCCAAAACGGAAGAGGGCCUGGGCUUUAACAUCAUGGGUGGGAAAGAACAGAACUCCCCUAUCUAUAUCUCCAGAGUUAUCCCUGGAGGAGUGGCUGAUCGCCAAGGAGGACUGAAGAGGGGAGACCAGCUGCUUUCUGUCAAUGGAGUGAGUGUAGAGGUGGAACAACAUGAAAAGGCUGUGGAGCUACUGAAGGCUGCCCAGGGCUCAGUUAAGUUGGUGGUCCGCUACACUCCUAAGGUUCUAGAGGAAAUGGAAGCUCGUUUUGAGAAGAUGAGGAGCGCCCGGAGACGACAGCAGCACAACAGCUACUUAUCUCUAGAGUCCAGGGGCUAACAAAGCCAAUACCCUCACCCACAUCAUCAUUAGACCUUUCUGACUCUUCUGUCAUUCUGAGGGGAGCUAACAGGAAUGAAAAAAUAACUAAAGCAGCCUCUUACCUGAAGCCAGCACAGAAGAUUUGGAUUUUCUCCUUUUUCCUUGUGUUUAUUCCAGUCAGCAAUUCAAUUCCCAAAACCAGAAAAACUCAUAAAAGUGCAUAUGUUAAGAACAACUCUUGUAAGAAUAAGGCUGUAAUGUUAAUAUAUUCUAUUGGGGAAACUUAUUUGUCUUGUUACUUUAGAGAGUGUUUGGUGUGUAUCUUAAACCUAAUCUUAGUAUCCGCUUCCUGGUUUAGUGUACUCAACAGUGUUAUGAGUUUACUUAUUUACUUAUUGGCAGAGUAAAUGCCUUUUGUCUGUCAGAGGUCUUUGGUACAGAGAUCUUAUGCAUUUUCAUGGUUGUUUGCAAUAAUGUGUAGUCAGGGGAGGCAGGCGAAAUAAAAAUAAGGCCGUGAGUAAAAAGUAGUAACGAGUAGUAGUAAUGGGAAGCAAUGAUGAAAGAAAAUCGAUUGAUCCACCUGAUCUUUCUAUAAAUUGCUUUUCUUAUUGGCAAUUUCAACAUUUUUAUGGUCAAAAUUGCUGAAUUUAAGUAUUGCCUGUUGAAAUACAUAAAAGAAGAUUGGGGUGAGGCAGUGCUGUGCCUUACCUCUGGGAGCAAUGUAUCACAAAAGUGAAUGAAGAAGGUAAUUGGCACAUGGCCAUUGCUGUCUGAUUAUCUCCAAUCUAUUUGUGUAAUUACACAUUUCCAGGCAGAAUUUGGCAAAGUUUGACCCGGUCCACAUAGCACACAUUUUGAAGCGCUGGAAAAAAUUAAGAGACCACUUAAAAUGAUAAUUUUCUCUAAUUUUACUUCAUAUAAGUAUAGAUGUUUGAGUGAAAUAAAAAAUUUCAUUAUAUGACUUUAUAUAUGAAUUUUGGAGAAAACGUAUCUCUACAAAAUCCCAAGGAAUUUUUUUAACACUUUGAAGACAAUUUAGGCUAGAAUUUUUGCCUUUUGAUGAGGCAAAAUUUGUGCUCUGUAAAGAAUCAUGAAUUGAAUUGCUUUCACUCUAUUGCAAACACUUACAAGAUUUCUCCAGGCAUCAGUCCAGUCAUCAUCCUUUAAGUUACAGAUUACAGUUGCCCACAGAUCCUUCAAAUAAAAUGUUUGACUCAUAUUGUGAUAUUGAAGAGUAUCAUACAUUUUAUUAAUAGAAGUUGGGGACUUUGUCAAGAUAUAUCCUGACAGACCAAAAGUGCAGUGUUUUUCCUAAUAUUAACCUAUAGGUACUGAGAAAAAUCCUUGUUUGAGAAAGUGUAUUUUUAAAAUCAAUUGAUUGAAUGACAUCAGAACUUUCUAUCAAGUACUGUCAUCAUCCGACACAUCAGAAAUGCAGUGGCUACAAGUGAACGUCCGAUUCUUAUGUACACCAUUCCACAUCUGUUUGAUGAAGAAGAACACCCGGUGGAGGUCUCCCAAGAGACAGUAAAGGCUUGUAAAGAGGAAUGUCAACAAAGAGAACUUUAUCCUUACGAUGAAACAGUAUUCAGCUUGUGUUGCCAUUUAACGUCUAAAAACGUUUUACUCGCACCAUUCACGAUGAAGCCAUUAAGUUGUAUAUUUUCCUGAGAACAUACAUAUGUACAGCCUUAUAAAUGGUGCAAUGUAGCCUGUCAUAUUGGGAUGAGGCUUUUUCUUGCCAUUGAUGUGUAACUGAUGCUCAGAUGUUGUUGUGAACAUACACAUUUCUGAGGGGAAAAAAUCCAUAAAGAGUAACCCUAA